UAAAAGCCGGAUGAGAACAAAGAGACCAGGCCUCCAGGGUAACGGGGACCAGAGAGGAGGGAAAGGAAAGGAAGAGGGAAAGGGAGAAGAAGGAGACGAUGGACGCGGAGACGCAGCGGCGGAUCGAGGAGGUGGUGGUGGAGGUCCUGGAAAGCUCGGACAUGACGACGAUGACGGAGUACAAAGUCCGGAAGGCGGCGGCGGAGAGGCUCGGCCUCGACCUCUCCUUCCCCGACCGCAAGCGCUUCGUCCGCGGGAUCGUCGAGUCCUUCCUCGUCUCCAAGAAGGACGAAUCCCCUCAACAACAACAAGAGCAAGAACCACAAGAAGAGGAGGAGGAGGAGGAGGAGGAUGCGAAGAAGGGGAACCGCAGAGAGAAAGAGUAUGACGACGAGGGCGAUCUCAUCCUGUGCCGUCUGUCGACUAAGAGGAGGGUGACGCUUCAGGAGUUCAGAGGGAAGACGCUGGUGUCGAUCCGGGAGUACUACAUGAAAGACGGGAAGGAGUUGCCUUCAUCCAAAGGGAUAAGUUUGACUGCUGAUCAAUGGGAAGCCUUUCGGAAAGCGGUGCCUGCUAUAGAGGAAGCCAUUACGAAGAUGCAAGAGUCGGACUGAAUGUUUUUGAGAAAAGAGUCAGGCUGAAUGUUGUUUGCACAUGUUUCAAAACCUUGUGUGCUUACUGUUCGCCAACCAGAGGUUUUGUUGGCUAUGGAAGAGUAGGUCAGCUUGGAGUCAUGACCAACUAACGAGUUGUUUUUGGAGAAUCUAAUAUAUAUAUAUAUAUAUAUAUAUAUGUUAAACUGGAGGUCUCUCUUUUGGCAGAGGUUUUUGUUUGCUGACAUUGCAACAAUGUAGAGGCUUUCAUCUGUGAUGUCGCAACUCUUGCUUGAAAGUGUGUUCAUCUGA